UAACCAGUUUUCUCAAAAAAAAUUAGGAGUCAGAAAAAUGAUCACUCACGAUUUCUCUUUUCCUCUGUUCGCUAUUUUAGGAUUGCUAACUCAAUUGCUGAACAUAGGAGAAUAUUUUUGGGAUGACUCUCCAUGGGGGUUGAAAUGAACUGUCCCAAAGCCCCUCCCACUGGGCCUGGCAUUCAGGUACAGCUCCCUCCCUCCCUCUAUAAAGCAUCCUAUGUUAGCAGUGGGAUUUCUAGACUCAUGGCAGAAUCUUUACAGAACUUUAUUAAAAAAAAAUAAAAAAAACACCUAACCCCCGGAGGUGCACCUUCCGUUUGAAUAUUACAGCCAAAGCUCCAAGCCAGAAUGAGAAUCUCCCUGCAGACGGUCCUUUGUUGCUGCAUCUUCACAGCUGUCCUGCCACCAGUCAAAGGGGCCACAGACGAGCCCGACACCACCCUGAAGAAAAGGUUCAGAGUUUGGCUGCUGAGCCACACGAGGAGAGAGACGCAUCACAACCUGAUGACGGCUGAGGAGAUGUCUCCUGACUUUCAUAGUGGGACUCUGCAAGACAGGACAGCUCCAUCCACAUCGUUGAGUCCACAUAUUAGACCCAAAAGGUCAACAAAACCAUCCGGCUGCGCCCUGAUCACCUGUUUGUACCAUGACCUGGUUCAUCUAUUGCAUGAGACAAACAACAAGCAGAGAGAGCCCUGCGCCCCCCUAAAAAAGAUGGGCAUAAAUGGUUACGGACGGCGCCGCCGCUCCCUCUCAGAGGUGUCCGAGCUCCCAGUCAUGAGCGGGUAUGAGAAGAGAUGCUGUGAAGCGCUGCUGCAGGAGAGCAGGAAACGCACAAACCCGUAGUGGCCAGUGGGAGGCGUGGAGACUUGCAAGCAAACUUUAGUUGGGCUCGUUUGCCAGCUGCAAGUGAAGACUGAGCCCCUUGAGAAGUUUUGUUCCACAGAUUCACACCAAACACAGUGAAGGGCAGCUGCUCGCUCUCCGCAGCCCGUCAGAGGGAGCUCAGGUCACUCUGGGUGAACGCUAAUUUAAUAAAAACUUGCUAGACAGGAUUGCACAGACUUGCCGAGGAGCAGGUUUGAACAUCAGUGAAGCUUAUGGAUGAGUUUGGACCACAACUGCUUAAAAAAUAUGUUUGUUUCUUCUUCAGCGGAGACACAGGCUUUCUUACACUUAUGAACUGAGGAAAAUGCCCCAAAACUGCUAAUGUUAAAGUAAAAGGAAGAUGUGAACUACUUAUGUGCAAUAUAGACAACGUGUACCUAUCCUAUAGAUGUUAUAGUUAGAAAAAUGUAGUUUUUUUUUAUCAGUAUAUACAACUGCAUUGUGAGAAAUCAUUAGUUUUACACAUUUAAUUAUGAAUUAAUAGCAGAAAUACAAUCAAACCAUGUUUAUUUUAAGUUAAGUGAUGUAUCUGAGGUGCCUAAAUAAAGUUGUCUGUUUUUCUUA